CUGGUCUGAUGACAUCGAUUGCAUUCGCUGAUCGUGUACUAUGUUUAAUUGAAGCUUGUGAAAAAAUCUAUGCAGAUUAUAUUCCAGCACCGACUGCACAAACACAUUUAGGUGCAUGGCGUGCUCUAGCUAAACGAUUGGCACGUUUAAUCAGGUUAUUACUCACUGCUGUUGGAUUUCGUAUACAACGUAGAUUAUAACAACAGCAACACCAACAGCAACCGAAUGAAAAUCAAUUCAUAUUUAUGCCUACUAAUUCACAAGAGUUUAUGCGCAUCCUAUCCCAAUAUGAUGCAUUAUGCCUUCGUGCCGCUCAUUGUCUAUUAUUGUCAGGCAGUGGUCUACCAGAAGCUUAUCGUAAAGCUGGACAACUUACAUGUUGGCGUAAUUUGGCCGGUACACUUCCAUUAGGCUUAACAAUGAUUAAAUCGAAAAAGGAAUUAUUUUAUAUAAUUAUACAAUCAAUUAUACAAAAUAAUAAUAGUAAUAAUAAUAAAAGUAAUGAAGAUUAUAAUAAUAAUAAUAUUUGUAAUUUAAUUAAAGAACAAUUAAUGAAUAAUAAUAUGGAGAAUAAUUUGCCUAAUAUAAUAUUAGAUAAAUUACAUCAUAUUCUGUUAACAAGUGGGCUAAAUGAACUCGGACUGUCUGUAGUGAUAAGUGUAUUGGGCAAAUUGGCAUCGUAUGAAUGUAGACCAAGAAUUGUCUAUUACAGCAAUAAUAAUAAUAAUAAUACUUUGUAUAGAUAUGAAUUACCCGAUGAAGAAGCUGUUCUAAUCCAGUGUAUCCUACGUAUUAUAUUUGGAUUAUCUGUUUAUCAUAGACCACAGGAUGUCAUUAAUGUAAAAACUGGUGGUGGUAGUGGUGGUGGCGGCGGCAGCGGCAGCCGCGGCAAAAUCAAUUCCAAGAGUAUUUCACUUCUCUCCUUAUUGCCAAUAUCACCGAAAUGUGGUUGUAAACAGUUGACAGAGAUCACUAGUAAACAUCCACAAAUAUGCCUGCGUUUACUAUUCAAUCUAAUUACAGAAAGUGCUGUAGAUAUUACAGUGAAUCCGACAUUGACAACAAAGCUGCACAAUCGGAUAACUCAGCUUAAUCUGUGCCUUACUGACCAAUACAUGGGAGUGGAAGAAAUUCUCUUCCAAUUGGUUAAUGAAGCGCCUUUUCAUAUUAUGCAACCUGAUAAAAAAGAAUUGGAGUUCUUGAUCAACUCUGUUUGCCAGUAUCCACCAGAUUCCUUUCUGCACAAAUUGUGUCGUCUAAUAUUAUCCCGUUUCAGUUGGGAUGCUUAUCAAGAUGUACAAUCCGGUGAACCUUUCAUUCCUUUCCCAUUACACUUAAACAUGGCUUUAGGAUUAUGCGAAAUUGUCGAUAAACAUCUAUCAAAUAUGCCUCAUUUUAAUAUAUACCGAUUAAUUAAUCCCAUACUGGCGUCAAAUAUUUACCAAUCCGCAAAAUCUUCAGUCAACUUAUUGGCUUACAAUUUAACCGAUCAAUUUCUCUCUGCCUUACUUACCAGUCAACGUCGGUUACGGAUUAAAUCAAGUGGUGUACAAGCACCGGCAAAUAAUCAAUCAGAAUUAUCUCGUCGUACGUAUAGUGUAGAAAAUAUUUCCACCUCUCCAUCCUCGACGUCAUCAUCAUCAUCACUCAUCACUGAACUGUGAUGCUAAUUUAUCAAUGAUUACAGAUUUGAUCCAUUGGGCUGUUGAACUGUUACUACGGCUGUUAAUACCAGGCACAAUUAUUUAUGAUAAUCAUUUUUCACGUAAUUCAAUAAAUUCAUCGUUAAUCAAAGAGAGUAUAAAUCAAGUUUGGUUUAAAUUGUACGCGUUAAAUGAUGAAGGCAGAAAAAAGCACAGUAAAACAACAACAACUACAUCAAGGUCAUCGUGUUCAUUGUUAAAUCCAAUCAGUGCAUUUGUUAUUUUAUCACUACAGACAGUAAAUGUAUCAGCUAUGGGUGGUGGUAGUGAGAAUAGCGGAACAGUUGAUAAUAUAAUAAAAUAAUAAUAGUAAUAAUCCUAGUGAUUGCCAGUUUUGGAGACUUGAAUCACAAACGUUAAACACCCUGAUAAAAUCAAUAUUCUCAUGUAAACACUUUAAAUUAAGUCUACGUACUUUAUUUAUUCUAUUUAAACAAAUGUCAUCAACAUCAUCAACACCAUCGGCAUUAUUGUCAUCCUUAUGGUCAACGUUGAAUGAUAGUCUUCUUUAUAGUCUAGUCGACUCAUCGUCAUCGCUGUCACCGUCACCGCCAUCAGCAACACCGCAGACAUCCUUGUCAUCUGAUGAAGAACAGCAAUUACGCCAAUUCUUAUCUAUCCUUGAACAAUGUUCUCAAUACCCCCUAUUG